AUGGGCGCCGGGCCCCCGCGCGUGAUCGGCGGCUGCCCCGCGGCGUGGCCAGUGUGUCAGCGCGGCGUGUGCGCGGCCCGCGAGCAACCCCUUGCAGCUGCUCUUCUCUUCAGUCUGCUCUUCUGGUCACUGGGGAAGCCUCCUGCUCAUUCUCCCUCCACCUGUGUCAGUGUCUCCUCUCACCCCUGGGGUUUGUUCCCACCAUGUCAGUGGUUGUCCUCUGCUGCCACCGUCCAGGUGCACAGGACCUUCUGGCUCCGCAAGUUUUGCGUUACACGUGCUGACCAGCUGCAGUCAAAGUGCACAGAGUGGCUGGGGCUGGACUGCUGGAACAGUUCUAACUAUCAGAAAACAGCUCCAUCCCGCUCUGCGUGGUCAGGAUCAUUGUCCCGGCACUUACCAGGAACCAUCUUCAGACCCCUUCCAAAAAAGGACACUUCCAGCAUCGAUGUGAGUCCUUCCGCUGCACGAACCUGGAUGCACAGGCAGUGGAUGCCAUCUGCAUGGGUCCUGUUCACGAUCAGUGAGCGCUGUCUGGAACCAGUGCUGGAACAUGAGUACAGACAAGAGGAGGAAGGUGGCUUCCUUUGUCCUCAGGAAGCUUUGAUGUUAACCUCAAAUCCAGGUCAACCUCAUGAGACCAUGUACGUUAUGAGCUGUAAUGUACAGUUCUCUGGAGCAGGUAGCAUCCAUAACAAUUCUCCAGAAGGCUUUGCCUGCUCCUCGGUCAGGCAAAGGACUUCAGGUUCCCAGGACUUCUCACUUCUGGAGAAGUCCUGGGAACUCCUAAAGCUGGUGUGACACCCCCUUCUCCUCCACUCAAGUAUUUUCUGCCCUACGUGAGCUGCGUUGUCACAUAUCGUCAGUCUGUUGCAGUUUGGAUCUGUUUCCUUAAUUGCAGUGGCUUAAAGGCUCAGAUUUCAUAUGAGAGCAACUAGAGGCAUUGUGAAUGCUUGCAGUCAUAGUGAAAUCCGUGAUACACCAUCCUGGUCAGCAUACCUGUGGAAGGCAAAGCUGAGACACUUAACGUACAUACGUGUAAAAUAAGACCAUGCCUGGAAAGCAUCUGUUAAACUAAGGAAACACAGCAUAGCAACUCAUGCUGAAGGAAGCUUUAUGGAUCCAAAUUAGGAAGACACAGAUGACACGGCGAAGCUACAGUUUUUGGGAGUAGAUCUAUGUGUGGCCCUAUAUGCACAGACCCCUGUCCCCUCUUUGGGAUGACUAUUAAUAGCCCUGGCUCUGGCCAGCCCAAACUCAAAUAGUGUGUGGGUCUGUUUGGUUACUGCAGGACUAUUUGGCAACUCUGGGUGAAUGCCCUUAAAUAAUCCUGCUGGCACUGGGUGUUGGAGAGCUUGAAGCUUUAGAAACUUUUGGGUCAAAUUUACUCUUGUUAAAUAAACAAUGAGUAUUGAUUAGAUCAUAUGACAGACCAACUGAGCACUCUUUCAAAUACCGCAACUCAUUGGAGUUCAUUUUUAUGUAUUUAUAUACUCAGAAUCCCUUGAACUAGUUGCUUUGGUGAAAGGAGUAUUAAGUCUUCUACUCAUGCAACUCUAUAUACUUUUAUAUGCAUGGCCCUGUGCACAUGGAUAGGAGGAUUUUCGAGGCUGCUUAAAGGAUUUGGAUGCUCACUUCGUUUGGUUUAGUUGGAGACUUGAAUCCCUUAGGCAGAUUUGAAAAUCUCAGCCAUAAUUCUUUGCUUAUUUUAGUGCAUCGGGGCAAGACCUUUUCCCUGUUAAAAUAAUUUCUAAGUACUCCUUUCUCACUGCCAUGAAAUAAAAAUAAAAAUGUGUUUAACUGGAAUUUUAAGAAGCAUUUAUUUCUCUACGCAUACCCAUUUAUCUUACUCAUUUGCUGUUUUGUUUACUGAGGAAGUUCUUAAGUCACAGUGUGUCUAUAUUUCGUACUGAGUAGAGUAGCAAGGAGAUUGUCAGAACUAAACAUACAGAUUUAUAAAGGCAUUUUAUUAUGCUUAUUUAUAUAGCUUAAAUGUCCUGGAAAGGUUUUCUCAUCUGAAAUCUCUCGGCAGUACAAUUAUGUAUCUGGCCUCAAAUAUAUGUCAGGAAAACACCAUAUGGCCCUUCCAAAUGCAAUACCCACCCACAUGCGCGCACACACAAAGGUACUGGUUUGCAGUGGGGGGAGAAAAGCGAGGAGUGAAAUAUGUAAACAGAGUUUAGUAGGUGAAAGGCUGCGGGGGCCGCGUGUGCUCUGUUUACGUGGGUCCUGAGCGGGAAGCUCUCACGUUGCACAGGCAGUUUUGUUCGGGCAGGAAGAGGAAAGCACAGCCUGUCUUGGUGUUGCUUCCCAAGGCAGCUUGUUACGGUAAUCCCCGUGUCUGGCGAGGUGCUGCUUGAAGGUCAGAGGAGCUGCAGCCGCGGGACGUACCGUCCCAGUGCCCUCCCAGCUGCUCUCCUGCAAGUGAACCACCAGCCCUUACCUCAGGGGAGGCUGGUGCAAGCAAGGGGCUUCUCUUCACGUCUUCUCCCCAGUUGUCUCCCGUGUGGAAGCAGCUGUGGUCAGGUGGACGUCAGCCUCCUUGUCCUGUUAGCCGGGCUCUGCAGCGUGGUUUUGGGCUGCACAGGGUCAGCGUUGCCUUUCUGAGCUGCCUGGGUGAUGGAGCAGGUGAGCUGACAGACUCCAGUAUGCUGGAGCAAGCCCGAGUAGGGGGAAAACAAACCCAUCCUCAGACCUGACUUGGAUCUUGUUGCCAUCCUUUUAAUAUUGGGUUUGACUUCUGAUUUAGGGUGACAGUUUCCUGUUUUACUCCCAUGGAGUAGGGGAGUUCCUUGGGAGUAACACACCAAAAAACCCAGAACUUUUACUUUGCUUUCUCUGCAAGUGUUGAAAUGUCAGGGACAUUAGAUUGUGUUUGCUUGCAAGUGCUGGAAAUGGUGCAGGUGUUUUGUUAAUGAAAAUGCUCACAGACCACUUGUCCCCAGCAGUUUAUCAAAGGAGCUUUUUUCCCCCCGUUUCUUCUCUGGCUUCAAGAAUGAGAGCCGACAAGUCAGACUCCAAGCCCUGGAAGGACUACAUGCCCCGCAGCUUCCCCUGCGAUGGGAAAAGCUGAGUACUCACAUGGAGGACCCAGCCACCUGCCUGGAGCACCAGCACCUUCUCCUACACUCGUCUCCUUUUUUUGAUUGUAGCCUGGCAUGUGGCCCCAGUGACGCUCAGGAGAGGAGCCUGUGGCCGUCCCAGACGUCUGUGGUACCUGCCGUGGGUGUAAGCCCCUCUGCAGGACUUGCGCUGCCAGGCCGAGGAUGUGCUCCCUUUGCCCGCUCCCAAAAACGCUGUGGUUCAACUCUGGUCCGUAGAGCAGGCUGGAGGCGUCAGCCCCUUCCCAGGGAUGGCCCUGCUCCCUCGGUGCCCGCCACAAGAGCAGCCUCGCGUUCUGCCGGGGCAUGGGCAGUGUCCGGCAGCUCCUCUCCACUCCGGGUGGGAGAAGUCUCUGCUGUGGGCUGAAAGCACCGACAGCAGACGCAGGCAGUGACAGCCCGGUGGCUGCGUCCAUUGUCCUUCAGGAGUGCCUGCAGACACGGUUACUCAUCCACAACUUGUGCCAGCUCCAGAGAGGCCUUGGGGAGACCGGCAAACCACCGCGUCACCCGCCUCCUUUGCUGUUUCUCUGCGGGUACAGGACAACCUGUGAACCAUGGCAAAAGGGCCUUUUGGAAAUCUAUUGCGAAAUCCUAUGAUCACUGAUUUAAAAAAAAAAACACAAAAGCUAGAGUAAUUUAAUAGGCCUGUCUCUGCUCAUCCUGUCCUGCGAUUUAUAGAUAGCAUAGAAACGUUAUGUGAAUUAUGAACUGGGUACCAAGCCAAACACUAGGCUUUCAUCUCGAGCGUUACAGUUCUGCUUGCUUUUAUCAGUUUGCUCAACUGGGCAAGAGGGUCUAGUGCAGAAGCUGAAUUUCUUUGAAAAAAUUAACAAUCAUCUACUUAAUGCUGAAACAAUGCCUUCUGACUUGCUGUCAGGGCCUUCAGCGAGUUUGAGCGUAGCUUAUUCCAGACCAGGCUGCUUUAUAUGUCAUGGCGCGUGUCCUCAACUUCACCCUUCCAUUGUACGCCUUAUCUGAAACCCUGAGCCUGGGAUUUGCAGUUGUUCAUUCAAAAUUAAAAAUGAGACAACCAA